ACACAGUGAGAAAGGUUGCGAGUUGAAAAAUCGCGACGCCCCGCCAUCGAUAAUCAUAUCGUCAGAGGCUGAUGGAAAAGAGUGCCUGAUGCCGCCUCGAGGAAGAGCGUCGCAUCCACGGAGACAAAGCAUGUCCUUGACUGCCGUUAUCAACCAUCGACGAGGUCUCCUCGGAGCGUUGAUUUCAGGCAUAGGCAGCAACAUGUCCCUGCCCUCCUGCAUCCCACAGGACCAAGAAUUCGUAACGGGACACGCGGCAGCGUGUAAAACGCCGUUGUUGAACAACCGGAAUCAUUCGGAAAUUUUCGAGAAGCAACGUCCCAAUUUCCUACCACUGUCGUCUGUUAACGUGCCGAUGAACGCUUUCGAUUCAACAAAGGCCAAGCAACAGAUGAUCGAUCAACGACCAAAGUUGGUACAGAAAAGGAAGUGUCACGCGAAGAUGGUAUCCAUUGUGAGUACCCUUUACGCGAAAUUAUUGAUCGUAAUUGGACUCGCAGUACCUAUCACUGCCAGUGUGACGGAAAGAAUACCAACUUCUCUGAAUCAGGGUUUCUAUCUGUACCUGUACGUAGUCAGCGUCACGUUUGUGAUCGUCAUGUACGUCAUCGUGCUGAGGGACAAAAUCGUCAAGUAUCUAACGCAGAAAAACAAGAAAGAGCAGGCGUUGAAAUUCGGCGAGGACGCUUGUCAGACGCAACAGUACGGCAGCUUUUGUCUGAGACUCGGCGCGGUGGGAUUCGGCGCUGGCUCGUUGGUAUUUACGGGAUUGCAAAUUGGGGCGGAAAUAGCUUCCGGCCCGUUCAGGGCGAUUACACCGGGUGCCAGGCUGUUGCUAGUCACGGCCCAGAUGCACUUUAUAUUUCUCAACAGUAAAAGUCUCAGCUUGGCCAAGCACACCGCCCUGGCCAAGCUAGGCCUGAUGCACAUGAUCGCGACCAACCUCUGCGAAUGGUUGCAGGCGUUGGUCGAGGAAACGCAGCACGAGAUCGAUCAGCUGGGCGAUACGCACGACGACGAGGACGGUAUCCUCAAGUCCCUGCUGAGAAACGCCAGCCCGUUCCUUUUCCCGUGCACAAUUGAAUUCAGUUUAAUUUGCGCGGUGAUACUGUUCGAAAUGUGGAAGAGGGUGGACGAGAAGAUCGAUGCAAAGAACGAGUCCCCGACCAGGUCUUCGUAUCACCUUAGCAUAGAUUGCAGCAGCUCUCAUAGAGGUCUCUUCGGCGGAAUUUUGAUCAUCGCCGCGACGAUACUGAGCUUGAUCAUGUUCUUCAUGUUGAAGGAGGCCAAGAUGAAGAUAGCUAUUGUUCAGGUCACAGCGUUGGACGCCACUAUACUCGCGUUGGGUAUGAUCGCUUCGAUCGCUGGAACGUUGAAGUUGCAAGCGUUGCAGCAGAAGAUUAUCAAACCAUCGGACUUGGAUACCACGCUGUUGGCGGCGGCUCAAGCUGGAGUUUAUCUGUAUUGUCUGUUCGGAGUUGUUGGUGAUACAUUGACAAUGGGCCCAACUUGGGUACUAUCGCUGAUCACAGAUUUGUUGGCCCUGAUGCAGAGCACCAGCCAGACGCUGCUCAUUAAAAUUGCGUGGGGAAGACGUUGCUCCAGAAACGACAAGCCUGGCAAAGAACUGAUCACCUUCCUGAUAGUCGUCAACAUCGCCCUAUGGACAGUGAACACCCUGGAGAAAUCUCGGGCUGGAGUCCGUCCCGAUCAUUUACGAUUCUUCGGUGUGUGGGCAUGGACGAUCAUCACGCACGUAUCCAUGCCGCUGGCUAUAUUCUAUCGGUUCCACUCGGCGAUAUGUCUGUUCGAAAUAUGGAAGACGUGCUACAAAAGUAGAUCGAACAGCGUCGUUCAAACUCCGUACUAAUUUGCCUCGUUUGAAACGAGACUGAACUAUAGUACUGUUGUUUUAAUAAAAUUGUUACUUUUCGUAAAAGGUAAAACAGUAAAAGAAGUAACGGAGGAAAA